AAUGAGAGCGAAAGUAUUAUAGCACUCGAUGGUGAUCAGCAUAUUCAUCUUUAUUAAUCAGAGGAUCUUAGUUAGAGAAACUUAACCCGUAGCAGUUAAUAAAGCGAAAGCUAGAGCGGUGUAUUGAUAUUAUAGAAAAAUGGAAGAGGGAAAGUGUGCUGAAAAGAAGAAGGUGAUGCUGGCUAUAGAUGAGAGUGAGAAUAGCCACUACGCUCUUGAAUGGGCGCUUGAUAAGCUACGAGAGACCAUCUCUGACUCUGAUGUAUUCAUCUUCACUGCACAGCCUAAUUCUGAUCUGGGUUAUGUCUAUGCUUCCACUCUAGGCGUUCCUCCUGUGGAUUUGAUCACAUCUAUACAAGAAAAUCACAAGAAGGUUGCAUCAUGUCUAUUGGAUAAAGCUAAAGAUAUUUGUGCCAAAUAUGGGAUUGUUGCAGAGACAGUAACGGAGAUUGGGGAUCCUAAAUAUGCAAUUUGCGAAGCUGUAGAAAAGCUCAACAUCGAACUACUUGUUUUAGGCAGCCAUAAUCGGGGACCUGUGCAGAGGGCUUUUCUGGGCAGUGUGAGCAACUACUGUGUGCACAACGCCAAGUGCCCUGUUCUUGUUGUGAAGAAACCUGCAGUUUGAGGAGCUCGCCGUCGUAAUGCUGCUAUCAUGUGAAGCAGAAAGCUGAGUUCUGGAUAUGAGGAGACCAGCAAGUCAGAGUUAUUUGUCAAAACAAACAGCAUGUCAAGUUAAAAUGUCAAGAUGUUUGGAAUUUUGAGAUUUAGGUCUCUUUUCAAAAGGCAUUGUGUUUGUAAAUUGUUAGACAAGAUAAAUACUCCCCAAGCUAGCUUGACUCUGUUAACAUGGGUUAUCUUCAGCUCUAUUAUUUCAGAUCAUUCUCAGAUA